UCAUUCUCUUCCCCUUUUACGUCUCGUCAGCUGCGUCGACUUUCAUCUCGUACUACCAACAUGUCUCGGAAUUAUGAGGCUGCGAUUGAAGCCCUCAAUUCGCUGCAAACCAACUUUGCAGUGGUUGAAGAAUUGAGAAAGUCGGUGUCUAGGAAGGACAUGAACUUACGCUCCCUGCCGGAGACUAUAGAGUGGCUUCGACGCAUUGGCUACCAGCCUUCGGACCUCAACCAGAUCAAUCCUGUUCACGUUGCCGGGACGAAAGGCAAAGGCUCGACUUCUGCCUUCAUCUCUUCCAUUUUGUCCCAGUAUACUUCGUCCCAGUCUCCUGAGUCAAAUACUUCCUUGAACAAGCUCAACAAGGUUGGGCUUUAUACAUCACCUCACCUGCGAUUCGCCCGCGAGCGUAUCCAGAUUGAUAAUACGCCACUCUCCGAAGAAAAGUUCACCAAAUACUUCUUCGAGGUAUGGGAUCGACUUGAAGAGGCUGCCCAAAAGGCGGGCGAGGACCCUACAAGCCUACGAACAAAACCCCAGUAUUUCCGGUACCUGACUUUGAUGGCUUUCCACACCUACAUCAGCGAGGGGGUAGAUGCUGCGGUCAUCGAGUGCGGAAUUGGCGGAGAAUAUGAUUGCACAAACGUCAUUGAAAAGCCAGCUGCGACUGCGAUCACCAGCUUGGGCAUCGACCACACUGCUAUGCUUGGAAAUACCAUUGAAGAGAUAGCUUGGCAUAAAGGUGGUAUUAUAAAGCCUGGUACUAAAGCUUUCAGCGCUCCGCAACCUCCAACCGCGGAGAAGGUUUUGUACGAUCGCGCAGUAGAGAGGGGCACUCAACUGGAAAUAGUGAGGGGCCACCCCGAACUCACCAGCGACGGCGAUGUGAAGCUUGGCUUGGCUGGAGAUUUCCAAUACACAAAUGCGGCAGUAGCCGUAGCAGCGGCCGCCGAAUUUCUGAAGAAGGUCGGAAUUGAGGACAUCCCUUCCGAUGUCCUUGCACAGCCUUUGCCACCGGCGUUCCGGAAAGGGUUGGAGUCCGCCCGACUUGGAGGUCGUUGUGAGACGCGGCAAGAGAAGCAUGUUACCUGGUAUCUUGAUGGGGGUCAUACACUGGAGAGUAUCAGACUAGCUGGCCAGUGGUUUGCUUCUCAGAUCCACGCCAACUCUUCUUCAACUGCAGCCGCGAACAAAAAGCUACGCGUUCUGAUCUUCAACCAGCAGACCCGCGAUAGCAAUGCCCUUGCCGAGGCUCUUUACGAGACUCUAGCUGCAGCAUUGGGCUCAGAGCAGCCGUUCACCCAUGCUCUCUUCUGCACCAACGUCACCUACAAGGAUGCAGGCUACCGUCCUGACCUCGUUAGCAUGAACACGAAUGCAGACGAUGUGCAGAGACUACAGGUCCAGAGGAGCCUUGCUGAGAAAUGGCGUUCAAUUGAUCCACGCACCGAGGUCAAGGUUUACGGUACUAUCGAAGAAGCGGUCGACUUUGCCCGGGAGCUCGCGACAAGAGAAAGGGGCCUUGUAGCUCAAGACGAGGCGCCUGUCAUGACCUUUGUCACUGGUAGUCUACUCCUCGUCGGUGGAUUUUUGGAUGUGAUUGAGACGAAGCCCAGUCUGCAGAGCUGAACAAGCUCUCCUCUCCACCUCUACUGUUUACUGCAUGUGAAUGGAAUAUCUCUGCCUCACCAUGAGGUUUCAACAACAUUUCUGGUGAUACCCGCAAGCAAGGGCUGGUGCCUUGGUUGCAUGUUUUUUAAUGUCUGAUGAUGCCUGGAUAGAACUAGACGGGAUGGUCAAUCUCUUUCAACAAAGUUAAUCUUAUAUUUUAUCUACGAG